UAGGCGUCAGCUGGCUCCCAGUCCCAGCAAGCUCCACCGUCCACUCUGAGAGAGAGAGAGAGAGACAGGGAGGGAGCUCCUUGCCAUUGCCGUUCUCCUGCAUCUCCACCUAACUUCGUGGUCCUAGAAACCUAGCUCUAACCCUUCCAUUAAGAAGAGAAAGUAGGCAUCUGCCAAUGGCUGCCAUGUUGGCAUCGCACUUCAUCUCAAAGAGUUCUUAUGGCAAGCAUGGGGGAGUACUUGAUUCGGAGCCAAGAACAUUCCAAAACAGAAGGAUUCCAUACUUGAGGAAUCAGUCCACUGCUUACCAUGGACUGAGAUCUCUCAACAUGGUGGAUUUGCUUCAGAUGAGGACCAGUACAAAAGCAGCAUCAAGGCUAGCAAAGGGGGCUUCUGAUCAUGCUAGCCGUAGGCCACGAGCUGUUGUUAUAUGUGGAAGUGGGAUGAAUCUAAUCUUUGUUGGAGCUGAGGUGGCUCCAUGGAGCAAGACUGGGGGACUUGGUGAUGUUGUUGGAGGACUUCCCCCAGCACUGGCGGCAAAUGGACACCGAGUCAUGACUAUUUCACCACGUUAUGAUCAAUACAAGGAUGGGUGGGAUACAAAUGUUUUGCUUGAGAUAAAAGUUGGGGAUAGAACUGAAACUGUUCGCUUCUUCCACUGUUAUAAAAGAGGAGUUGAUCGGGUUUUUGUUGAUCAUCCUAUGUUUCUAGAGAAGGUUUGGGGAAAAACUGGUGGAAAAAUAUAUGGUCCUGUCACUGGAAUAGAUUAUCAAGACAACCAGUUACGUUUCAGCCUCUUCUGCCAGGCAGCUUUGGAAGCUCCAAGGGUACUGAAUCUCAACAACAGUGAACAUUACUCUGGACCAUAUGGGGAAGAUGUUGUCUUUAUUGCUAACGAUUGGCACACUGCUCUUCUUCCAUGCUACUUAAAGAGUAUGUACAAACCCCAUGGUAUUUACAAGAAUGCCAAGGUGGCUUUCUGCAUUCACAAUAUUGCCUACCAGGGGCGCUUCGCCUUCUCAGAUUUUGCACUUCUCAACCUCCCAGAUAAUUUCAAAUCUUCAUUUGAUUUUAUUGAUGGGUAUGACAAACCUGUGAAAGGGCGGAAAAUAAACUGGAUGAAAGCUGGAGUACUAGAAUCAGACAGGGUUGUAACUGUGAGCCCAUAUUAUGCCCAAGAGCUUCUUUCGGGAAAAGAAAAGGGUGUUGAGAUGGAUAACUUUCUACGCACGACAGGCAUUACUGGAAUAGUAAAUGGAAUGGAUGUUCUGGAGUGGAAUCCAAUGACCGACAAAUAUAUCUCUGUCAACUAUGAUGCAACAACCGUAAUGGAUGCAAAGCCUUUAAAUAAGGAAGCUCUACAAGCUGAGGUUGGGUUGCCUGUAGAUCGAAACACCCCUGUCAUAGCUUUCAUUGGAAGACUGGAAGAGCAGAAAGGCCCCGAUAUCCUAGCAGCAGCCAUCCCAGAAUUCAUUGAUGAAAAUGUUCAAGUAAUUGUACUGGGAACGGGCAAGAAGCAUCUGGAGCGUCAGCUUGUGGAUUUGGAAGAAAUGUUCCCAGACAAUUACAGAGCAAUUAUAAAAUUCAGUGCUCCCUUGGCUCAUCAGAUAAUGGCGGGAGCUGAUAUUCUAGCAAUUCCAAGUAGAUUUGAACCAUGUGGUCUUAUUCAGUUACAAGGCAUGCGAUAUGGAUUGCCUUCAAUGUGUACCACCACUGGGGGACUUGCGGACACAGUGAAAGAAGGCUUCACUGGAUUUCAUAUGGGUGACUUCAGUGUUAAGUGUGAUGUUGUUGAUCCUGCUGAUGUUAAGAAAGUUGUAACGACUGUGAAGAGGGCUCGUGCAUCGUAUGGAACACCUGCUUUUGCCAAGAUGAUUCAGAACUGCAUGGCCCAAGACCUCUCCUGGAAGGAACCUGCAAAGAAGUGGGAGCAGUUGCUUCUGAGCUUAGAGGUUGCUGGCAGCGAACCUGGACUUGAUGGAGAGGAAAUUGCUCCUCUUGCCAAGCAAAAUGUGGCCACUCCCUGAAGGCAAUAAUAUCGCUUUUGCAGUGUUUUUGUAAGCGACGCACUUAAGUGGGCUGGCAUAGCCAAGGGUCCUGUAUAAAUUAACGUCUACGCUGGUGCAUGUUUUGUCUAUGUUUGGACGAGAGAGGGAGAAAGAGCUUGUCGAUGGAGAUGUUUCUGGGGAUAAAGAUGGUAUGACGAACCAAUGGAUGAAUAAAUGCUUGGGUGCCUUGUAUUUUCUUGUUCUUGUAGGUGUCGGUAGCCGUGAUGGUUCCGACCAUGAUCUCCAAAUUUUCUUUACACCAGUUAAGACUUUCGCCUGCACGGCUCUUGAAGCGA